CAAACCGAGACUAGUCUUUUUCUUUUAUACCACAUAUUACCAUACAGCAUUAGACGAAGGGCUGCUGUUAUGAGAACACUCAUUUUUGUGGACAGUGUUCAGUGGGUAGCAUUUGGUGGUCAAAGUUUGGUGUUCGGUGUCUGUAACAAAUGGCAGGUGGUGAUAUCUUGUAUGUUAAUGCCUAGUUUCAAGAUUGUUGUGUUAGGGUAUUCCUUUGAAAUUCCAAAAAGGAAGGCACAUUAUGCAUACAUGUACCAUAGUUCACAUGCACAAAUACUUCCAUCACCCAAGGAAGGAUAUCUCCCAUGAUUCCUCUACACUACUGAUGAGAGGAGGUUUAUGUAUCCCAUUAUGUACACCCAUUCUCUUCCAUGUGCAGAUAUUUUAAAUGUGUUAUUUGUACAUCUUGAAAAAGUACAGAUGUACUUUACAGUUAGCAUGUCAAUCAUUUUAAAAGCGCUGUUGUGGAUAAGGAUACAUUACAACUUUGGUGCAAUAAUAAAA